CCUUAAGCGCACACAAAACGGGACACAAAACGGGACGCAAAACGGGACACAAAACGGGACACAAAACGGGACACAAAACGGGACACCAAACGGGACACAAAUCGGGACACCAAACGGGAUAUAAAACGGGACACAAAAGGGAACGCAAAACGGGACACAAAACGGGACACAAAACGGGAAACAAAACGCUUAAAAGAUGUACAAUGCUUAAUAAGGGACCACAAUUGCGCGGCUUUGCCCAGUGA